AUGUCGAAAUGGGAGGUGGUGGGAGGCGCUGAUAAAGGAGGUAUCUUGGUGCGGAAGGGCCAAGACUUGAAGUCUGAGCAGCUGGCAGAUCGCGACCUGGCCGCAGAGAGUGGUUGUAUGGUGUACUUAACGACUGCAAUCUCGAUCCAUGCUCAGUCGUCAAGCUGUUAUUGUGUAAGGUUUGAUUCGGCUGCAGAAGCCAUGAAGAAGUUGGGAACGCCGAAGGCUGUGCGCAACUUCUUUGAUGGGGGCAAUCGCAGAGGUGAGAUAGGCGAGUACAAAGAGGAGCUGAACCACAGCAACAAGGAUCGAAAGAAGGAGGCUCUGAAGAAGGUCAUUCAGGCCAUGACCUUGGGCAACGAUGUGUCUUCGCUUUUUCCCGACGUCGUGAAAUGCAUGCAGACGAACAGCUUAGACCUGAAGAAGCUGGUGUACCUGUACGUGAUCAACUACGCCAAGGCGCAGCCCGACUUGGCCAUCCUGGCCAUCAAUGCCUUCCGCACGGAUGCGAAUGACCCGAACAAUCCUCUGCUGCGUGCCCUUGCGGUGAGGACGAUGGGUUGCAUCCGCCUGGAAAAGAUGACGGAGUACUUGAUCGAUCCGUUGAGGAGGAGUUGCAAGGACAUGGAUGCAUGGGUUCGCAAAACUGCGACAAUUUGCAUUGCCAAGCUCUACGACAUCAAUCCGGAACUGGUAGAAGAUCAGGGAUUUCUGGACAUCUUGCGGGACAUGCUCGGAGAUUCCAAUCCGAUGGUCGUUGCAAAUGCCGUGGCGUCCCUGUGUGAAAUCUCGACCUCCGCACGGAAGAAUUACCUGAAGCUCGAUGAGGAGGUAAUCUCGCGCCUUCUUCCCGCGCUCAACGAGUGUUCGGAGUGGGGCCAAGUCUUCAUCCUGGACGCUCUGGCCACCUACGACCCGCCGAACUCCAAGGUCGCCGAAGCCAUCCUAGAAAGAGGUGUCAUAGCUCGACUCACCCAUGGCAAUAGCGCCGUGCUUUUGUCGGCUGUGAAGGUGAUCAUGAAGUUCAUGGACCGCCUGUCCAGCAAUGACUUGGUGCGCACCCUCUGCAAGCGAAUGACGGCCCCCUUGGUGACGAUGCUGUCCGCGGAGCCGGAGAUUCAGUAUGUGGUGAUGCGCAACAUCAACCUCAUUGCCCAGAAGCAGCCGAACAUUCUGCAGACGGAUGUGCGUAUGUUCGUCUGCAAGUACAACGACCCACUGUACGUGAAACUUGAGAAGAUUGCCGUCAUGGUUCAGCUGGCCUCCGACCGAAACAUCGACUCUGUUCUCUCCGAGUUCGUGGAGUACGCCUCGGAGGUGGACAUCGAGGUCGUCCGUCAGUCGGUUCGUGCAAUUGGCCAGGCUGCCAUCAAGCUGGAGCGCUCCGCCGAGCAGUGUGUGAACUGCCUCCUGGAGCUCAUCAAGACUCGGGUCAACUAUGUGGUUCAGGAGGCCGUGGUCGUCAUCCGGGACAUCUUCAGGAAAUAUCCUGGCCAGUACGAGAUGAUCAUCUCAGAGCUGUGCCAAAACCUGGACAGCCUCGAUGAGCCCGAUGCGAAGGCAUCCAUGAUCUGGAUCGUCGGGGAGUAUGCAGAAAGGAUAGACAACAGUGGAGACCUCCUGGAAACCUUCCUCGAGACGUUUCAUGAGGAGCCCUCCACCGUCCAACAACAAAUCCUGACUGCGACGGUGAAGAAGUUUGUCAAGACCCCCCAGGACUCUCGCGAGCUGGUGGGCCGUGUGCUGAAGCUGUGCACGGACGAAAGCACGAAUCCGGACCUACGAGACCGUGGGUGGAUGUAUUGGAGGCUCCUGAGCAACAGCCCGCAGCUUGCUAAGCAGGUUGUCCUCAGCGAGCGACCAACCAUCAGUGAGAACUCGUUCGCCCUGCAGCCGCGCGUGCUGGAUCGCCUCAUUGCCAACAUCUCCACGCUGGCAUCGGUUUACCACCAGGUCCCUGAGGCUUUCUGCGACAACAACCGGGGAGCCCGGCAUGUAGAAGAGAACGAUGAGUUCGAGGACUACUCCGAAACCAUCGAGCGUGUCGAGCAGGAGAUCCAGCAAACGGGAAGGUAUGAGGAAGAAUCCGGCGGCGAGGCAAGCGAGGACAGCAGCGCGAGCUCCAGCAGUGGGGCCUCCACCGAUGGCCGGGACAAGCGGGGUGCCUCUAGCGCUCCCGGGGGCGCGGGCACAGGCCCGCCUCCUCCGCUGCGUCCUCUGGCGCAAGUGCUGUCAGAGCAGACUGCCGGCGAAGGUGGAAAGCGUGGGCUUCGAGUGGCUGCUGCUGUUGUUCGUGGCACGGGUGGUGCCAUAAACAUGCAGCUUAUGGUGGGAAACUUUACUCCUCAGCCGAUGGGCGGCUGGGCAGUGCAGUUCAACAAGAACCCCUUUGGCCUGGCGCCUCCGAGCGGGCCACUGCAGAUGGAGCAGGUGGCACCGAACGGAACGGCCAAAGCGCUGCUCCCUUUGGCUCCCAACAAACUGCAAGGCACACCUCCAGCACUGCCCCUUUACUUGGAGGUGGCGAUAAAGACGAGCAUCGACAUCUUCUACUUCAACGUCCCCUAUGAUUUAUCUGCCGUGUUGAUGGACAGCGGGCCGGUUCCCAAAGACGACUUCCAGCGGGUCUGGCAGAACCAGUCCGUGCAAAAGGCAAUGUGCCAGGGAGCCUUCGCGCAGCGGGUGACGCCAGAGAUGGUUGCUGCCAGGCUGCAGCAGUACUACUGCUACGUGGUGGUGAAGACCCAGGGGCAAGAGGCGGACUCGCUCUACGUCAGCUGCACCGCUACCAACAAGAUUACCGUUUUCUGCGAGCUGAGCCUGCAGAAGGGAGGUCCUGGAGUCAGGGCUUCGUGCUGCUCCGAGCAGCCUGUGAUGGUGCCCCUCUUCCAGAGCUUUCUCUCUGAGCUGCUGCAGGUCGAAGAGCUGAAGUUGGUUGGGGAGCGCCUGCACUACAAGCGCUUAACAGGUACUGGACCGGAGGAAGGCUGGAUCAGCCUCAAAGUUAGCGGCAAGGAGCUCGUAGUCAGAAAAGAUGAGGAGGAUGCGCCUCCAGAGGAUGUUGGCGGACCUGGAGAUGCCCCGGGACCGGUUGAGACGGAUGAGGCCCUCAAAGGCAAAAUUGAAGCGGAUGCGAAGGUAAAGAAAGACGAAGGAGCGCUCCUGCUGUACUGCAUGAAGUACAAGGUCCUGGGCUUCCCUCUGGACAAGCCCAAGCUGCGAGUUCUCUGCUUCCACAACGCGGGCAGUGCCGAGUCAAUCUACACCGGGCCCGGAACCCCCUUCAUCAACUGGAUCAAGGAGACCAAGCAGAUAGAGCUGCUAGCUUUUGACUAUCCUGGGCGAGACAAGCUGCUCAAGGCCACAAAGCACACGUCCACGGAGACUCUGGCUCCGGACCUGCUGGCUGUGGCCUACGAGAAACUCACGGACGGGGUGCCCUACUUGGUGUGGGGCCACUCGGUCGGAACCUGGGUCGGCUUCGAGUUCCUCAUGCUCUGCCGAAAGGUCGGCAUUCCCAUGCCCUUGGCUGCCUUCUUUGUGACCUUCCCGGCCCCUCACUACCCCGAAGCCAAGCGGCCUUGGAGGCGAAACGCCCGGCUGAAUGAUAAGCAGAUGAGGGAGGAAGUCGCAGCCUGGGACAAGGAGCACUUCGGCGGGGCCGCCAAGGUGGUUUUCGAAGAGAGCUGGGGGGACACCUGGGAGCCGAUGAUGAGAGCGGACUUCAAGCUCUUCGACGAGUACAAGUUCCGGCACGCAGGGGCCCCCAAGUUCGAGUUCCCCCUCCACUGCUGGUGGUGUGAGGGUGAGCACUUCAUCAAGCCUGACAUGGUCCAGGCCUGGAAGGAUUGGACCGCCGGGCCUUUCGACUACCAGGAGCUGAAGGGAGCGGGCCACCUGACGGCAUUCUACAAGCCGGACCUGAAGAAGGCGUACUUCACGAAGGUCACUGAUCUCAUGAAGGGCUAUGCUGGCUUGUAG